GAUGUGUGCAUUAUCUUGACUGUGGUUAUGCUUUCAUAGGAUUAUGCUUAUGUCCAAUUGCACAUUUUAAAUAUAUGCAGUUUACUGUAUAUCAAUUACACACCUCAAUAAAGCUGGGUUUUUUUAAACAAGCAAAAACAUUUGCAACUUCUGUCUAUAACUUACCCAGGAAUAUACAGAGGAGUAAGUUACACACAGAAGUUGAAGAAUUACUUUCUUCUUUUUUUUUUUUUUUGGCCGGGGCUGGGUUUGAACCCGCCACCUCCGGCGUAUGAGGCCGGUGCCCUACUCCUUUGAGCCACAGGCACCGCCCUUAAGAAUUACCUUCUUUCCAUUUUCUUGGGUAUUCCCAGAGGGGUAAGUUACAGACAAAAGUUGCAAAUGUUUUUGCUUGUUUAUUCCAUAUAUUCCCAGGCGUAAGUUACAGACAGAAAAGUUGCAAAGAAAAUGCAAAGUAAGUAAUGAGUAAGUCAAAAUUCACAAUAGCAAUUACCAGGAGAGAAAGGGAGGGAGGACCAGUGGGAGAGGGACACUCAGGGAGCUUGUCAUUUUCUGGUACUGGUAGUAUUCUACAUCUGAAACUGAGUACUGGCUGUCUUACUAUCCUUCUAUCUACAUCCAUGUUUUAUACAUCCUUUUGCAUAUGAUAAAUUUCACAAUUUAGAAUAAAAGAAAGCCUGUGGACAGGAACACAAGGCAACAAACCAUUAGCUAAACUACAUUAUCAUUUUGGGCAAGGUCUCUUCAAAACUUUUCAAAGGAAACAUCCCAUCGCUGGGAUGAAACACUUUCAAGGCUGACCAGUUGUCACCGGUUUGAAAAUAGCAAACUUGGCUCGGCGCCCGUAGUAGAGUGGUUAUGGCGCCAGCCACAUACACCAAGAGAGGCGGGUUCAAACCCGCCGGGGCCAGCUAAACAAUGACAACUGCAACAAAAACAACAACAACAAAGCCAGGCGUGGGUAGCGCCUGUGGCUCAAGGAGUAGGGCAUCAGCCCCAUACACUGGAAAUGGAGGGUUCAAACCCAGCCCAGCCAAAAACUGCAACAACAACAAAAAAAUAGCCAGGCCUUGUGUGGCCAGUGUCUGUAGUCCCAGCUCCUUCAGCUUCUUGGGAGGCUCAGGCAAGAGAAUGGCUUAAGCCUAAGAGUUGGAGGUUGCUGUAAGCUGUGAUGCCACAGCACUCUACCCAGGGCAACAUAGUGAGACUGUCUCAAAAAAAGGGCAAACUUGGUUUGGCGCCAGUAGCUCAAUGGUUAGCGCACCGACCACAUGCACCAGGGCUGGUGUGCUCCAACCCGCCCCGGCCUGCUAAACAAUUACAACCACCACCCCCGGCAUUGUGGAAGGUGCCUGUAGUCCCAGCUACUUGGGAGGCUGAGGCAGGAGGAUCACUUGGGCCCAAGAGUUUGAGGUUGCUGUGAGUGAAGAUGCCUCCGCACUCUACCAAGGGUGAUCAAGUGAGACUCUGUCUCAAAAAUAAAAUAAGAUAAAUAAAUAAAUAGUACCUACCAGCUAGAAUAAUCUUCCUUGCACUUUUUCUUCAAAAGCACUUAAUCAUUUUUUCUCCCUUCCAUUUUCAUGUACUUGGUUAUCGUCUUUAUCAAAUGAUUUUAAAUAUAACCUAUAGUAAAUAAGCGUUAGCUUUCUCCACCUCACUUUCCCUAACACAAUUUUGCUGCAAUCAAAGUUUUGGAAUCUUGGUCUUAUCACUGCACAGAGUAAGCAGAGAACCCAGGCUCCAGACAAUUUAAAAGCCAAACAAUUUUAGGUUUCAGUGGAAAGAGGAAAUGUGCUCCGGGCUUGGUUCUUGUCAACUAACCAACUAUUCAGGAUGAGCAGCACUGCAACUUCAGUUAAGUUUUGAAUCAAGAGAUCUUCGAGGAACUAUUACAGCAGCAGCCACAAAGCAUGCAUUUCAUUUUUUGUGUGCGAUUUCUGUACGUUAGCUUUUGCCUCAGCCCCGACUUCACUUCGGUCGUUUUGAGUACUAACCUAGUAUAAAGCCCUUAACACCAGCUCAUUACAAAUUUGUAUAAUUCUUGCCUUAAAGUCGUGGAGACGUCCCCGUAGUCACUAACUUGAAGAAAACACUAUCACAGACAUCUUAAAGGCCUUACAUUUCCUCUAGAAGGGUCUAGAACUUAUUGCGCUACACCCGGCGUAGUAAAAGAGCAGCCACACCUCCAAAGAAACAAAGUCACGCCCCUGCGCGGGCCAAUCAAACGGGUCUUUAAUAGGCUCCCCACCGCCUUCCCACCUCCCUCCGGGGCGCGCACUUCCGGCCGCUAGGGCGAUGGGAAAGCGCCCCGCGAGCUUCCACCAACCAGCGGCUCCGCUCGGCUGGCGCGAGCGCGCGCGCACACGUUGUGCGCAGUUUCGAAUCUCCGCAGCUUCGCGGUUGCUCUCCAACGUCCAGGCCCCAUCUCGGGGGCUGCUAAGGCGGUGUGCGCAGGCUGUGCCCUAGCCGGGCCGCCACCCCCGCUCCACCCCCUCCGCCUCCAGCCGCAGCCUCGCCCUCGCGCGCUCCGCCCUCAGCGCCCGCUACUAUCCGCGCCCGGUCUCCCGCGCCGGGCGGGAGCCAGAGCCUCUCUGGGCCCAUGGCCAAGCGGCGUGCGGCCGAGCCGGUGACGUUCCACGUGCCUUGGAAGCGGCUCCUGCUCAGCGAUUUCACCGAGGAGCCGCCGCCGUCGCCGCUCUGGAUCCGGGCGCCGGGGGCAGCGCAUCCUGGGCAGCCUCUCGGCGUCCCGGAGCUUCGCCGAAAGCGCAGAAUCGACGCGGGGGCCAUGGCAGAGUCUUCGGCUUCGCCUAGCAAGCGCCGCGACAGAGGGGACAGCAGCGCUCCGGGCGGCGCAGAGUGUGAAGGCCGCGGCCUGGAAACCGGCGAGCCGCCGUUGCAGCAGCCUCCAGUACGGCCCCGCGGGCCGGGGGAGGAGCCCCGGGGUGCCCGGCCCCUGAGGGGCGGAGGCGACGACGGGGCGGGGCGCGCAGGGCCCCCGCAGGGAGACUGGGGGGCCGCAACGCGCCAGCACAAUGAAGAAUUUUGGCAGUAUAAUACCUUUCAGUACUGGAGGAAUCCUUUACCACCUAUUGACCUGGCAGACAUUGAAGCUGUAACUGAAGACAACCUGACGGAAGCAACACUUCAGGGCAAGAAUGAAGUGGCUGAGAUUGACAUGGAGUCCUGACAUAAGGAGCUGAAUAAGUGGGAUUCAUUAAAUUUGAGAAGACAUGUCUAAGUGAAUUCAUGUAUUCUUAAGGAAAAAGUUAUUUUCCAUACUUGACAUGGUAUCAUUUCCAAACCUGAAAAAUAAGGAAAGGUUGUUUUGACAAUAAAUACCUGCAGUUACUACUGAACCUGGGAUUUGUCGCGGAUAUAGUGCAGUUUGGGAAGUAUUUUAUGUAUGCAUUCUUAAGGAAAAAGGCUUUCUUUAGAUUCCAAAUCCGAAGGUAGUGAUCUUACAAAAAGAAACUCUGGCAGUUUUCGAAACACCCACCUGCACCAAAAAGUUUAUUUGUGGUUUGUGAAAUAAUAAAUAUUUUAUAAUAACUAUUACUAAUAAAAUACUUUCUAAUACAUUUUAUUGACUUAGUUGAACAAAGCUGACUUGAACAUCUAUGCAAAUUUAAAAUGAAUUCUUUCUGAAAGCUAGCAUUGUUUUAAUUCAGAACUUUCAAAAUGUGAAGUAGGAAGAAUUUCAGUUUGAGUAGCAUGUAUGCAUAACUUCUAAUAUCUGAUGUUUGUUAAGCUCUACUAUGGGCCAUCAAAAAUGGAUAAAGAACAAUGAGGAAUGAGUCAGUGCCUGACCCCUCCCCCUUUUUCUAGGAGAAGAGGAAAGAAAUUUAUCAUAUGAUGAGUUUCUUGGUUUUGAAUUGCUUUGAAUGCAUGGUUUUUAUUGCUGUUCCUUUAGACUUGUAGUUCUCCAACACUGACAGCACUUUAAAAUCUUUGCCUGGGCCCCUCUUCAGAGAUUCUCAUUUAAUUGUUUCUGAGGUGAGCCUUGGAUAUAGCUAUUUUUUUAAGCCCCAGUCUUCUUUCUCUUCAUUCCUCUAAAGUGCAGACAGGUUUGAGAACCACUAGACUAAUGGUAGUAUUUUCCUGUUUAAAGGAGAUAACUAAUUUGAGCUGAAGCAAUAUCUCUUAAUUAGCUUUGGUUUUUUGCUCUGUUGAUGGCUUUGUAACAACUAAAUUAUUGUUUUGUUAUUACUGUUUCAUUGUUAAAGAAAUAAAGUAAAUAAUUUGUGUUUGA